GGAGGAGCCAGGCAGCAGACACUGACACGUAACAGUCCUGCGUAGAAUUUAAGGAAGAAGCUGCAUCUUUUCUAUAGACCCACUUCGGGCGCAUCUGGCUCCCUUCGGACUUGAUGAGCAAGCGAGCCGUCCCGUCCCAGCCCGUUUGAGCGGCCACCGGAAAGCGGGCCCGUCCGACAGACGCCAGCGGGAGAGCACGACGUUCAAAAUGAGAUUUUCAGUGUUUAUUUCUGUCCUGCGGUCGCUCGGCCCGGUGGUGAUCGGCAUUUCAUUGGGCUUCACGCUGAGCUUGCUGAGCGUUAGCUGGACGGAAGAAGCGUGUCCCCUGGAGGGGAAGGAGGGCGAGGAUGUGGCGUCGGGUCAGGAUGGACUCCUCAAAGGAGCCAGAAAGCCCAACUCCAUUUCCACUGGCACCGACGUGGAGUCCGAAGAGGAUUUCGAGCCGAGAAUAGUCCCAUACAAACAAGUCCAGCCGAGCGCUCCAAAGAAAGUUUUCAGGGCUAAAUACAUUAGCACGGAGCUUGGGAUGCGAGAGCGCCUGUUCGUUGGAGUCCUGACCUCCAAAAACACCAUCAACACUCUCGGCGUAGCGGUGAACCGCACCAUAAGCCACCACCUGGACACCGUGGUCUUCUUCACUGGCUCGCGCAACCGCAAAGUCCCCCACGGCAUGUUCGUGGUCUCCCACGGAGACGAGAGGCUGAUAUGGAACAUGUUUCAGACCAUCAGGUACGUUCUGGAGCAUUACAUCAACGAGUACGACUGGUUCUACUUCGUCCAGGACGACGCCUACACGGAAGCCGACAGGGUCAGGGAGCUGGUGGAGCACCUGAGCCUGGACCGGGAGCUGUACAUGGGCAGUCCCGAGGAGUUCAUCGGCGGGGAGAUGGAGGGGAAGUACUGCUACGGGGGAUUCGGGUACCUCCUGUCGCGCAGCUUACUCCUACGACUACAGCCCUUCCUGGAGAACUGCAGGAAUGACAUCCUGAGCUCCAGGCCGGACGAGUGGCUCGGAAGAUGCAUCAUUGAUUACACCGGCACCAACUGUGUCAGUGAAUAUGAGGGACUCGAGUACCACCAUUACGAGCUCGGAAAAAACUCUGAUCCAAAUAAAGAGCAGAACGAGAAGUUCAAGAGAGCCCUCACUGUUCAUCCGGUGUCUGACCCCGAGCAAAUGUACCGGCUGCACAGAUACUUCUCUGAGAUCGAGCUCCAGAAGACUUACAAUGAGAUCGCUAAGCUGCAGGCGGAGAUCAAAAAUGUCAGCGUGCUCGCUUUUGAAGGCAACAGAAGCGCCCAGUGGCCGUUGGGCGUCAAUCCACCUUUUGAGGCUAAAUCUCGGUUUGAAGUUCUUAAAUGGGAGUAUUUUACAGAGGAGGAGAUCUACUCAUGCAUCGACGGUGCUCCUAAGUGUGAGCUGCGCGGCAUUGAUAAAAUGGACGUAGCGGACGUCAUAGAGACAGCCAUAGAGGAGCUGAACAAAAAGUACAUGCCCACCUUACAUCUGAAGAAGCAGCAGCUGAUUAAUGGAUACCGGCGCUUCGAUCCCACCAGGGGCAUGGAGUACACCUUAGACCUGCAGCUCGAGGUCGUUAAUCAGAAAGGUCACGGCCGGUCCAUCACCAAGAGAGUCCACCUGGUGCGACCCUUAAGCCUCAUCGAGAUCAUUCCCAUGCCCUAUGUCACAGAAGCUACAAGGGUUCACAUCAUUAUCCCUCUUACUGCAGAAGACCGGAGCUACGUCAACCACUUCCUGGAAGUCUUUGCCUCCAACGCCUUCGAGACGAGUGAAAAUGCAAUCUUGACGUUUCUGUUCAUUUAUGACCCGGAGGAGGCUCAGCACGUCAACCACAACGAUAUAUUUGCUGACGUGAAGAAUCAGAUAAACGUGUACGAACGAAAGUACCCCGCCGUGAAGAUCCCCUGGAUAAGUGUCAAGACGGAGAUACCGUCCCAGAUCAAAUUCAUGGACAUCAUCUCGAAAAAACACCCGGUGGACACGCUGUUCUUCCUGGCCCACGUCAACACCAACGUCAACGCCGAGUUCCUGAACCGCUGCCGCAUGAACUCCAUCAACAACUGGCAAGUCUUCUUCCCCGUCCACUUCCAGGAGUACAAUCCCGACGUGACCUAUCACAACCAGCCACGGCCCGCCGCCGUGGAUCUGGUGAAGGACGCGGGACAUUUUGACCGCAGGUCGUUCGACGAGGCGUGCUUUUACAACUCUGACUACAUGGCCACGCGGUCGCGGAUGGUGGCCGACGUCCAAGAGAACGAGGACAUCCUCGAGAGCCUGGACAUUUACGACAUUUUCGUAAAGUACUCGGGUCUGCAUGUGUUCCGGGCUGUCGAGCCGGCUCUCCACCAGCAGUACCGUUAUCAGUCCUGCAACCCGAAACUCAGUGAGGACAUCUACCACAGGUGUAUUCAGAGCAACAUGGAGGGCCUUGGUUCCCGGUCGCAGCUCGCUAUGCUGCUUUUUGAGCAAGAGCAAGGAAACAGUACUUGAAGAGACCGACCUGCUUUGUCUUCGUAAAAUGGACUGAAGGUGUUAGAGGCAGUCUGUGGUGAGAAAAAGCAAACGAGUCGUCUACCAGCUUUAAGUCCAACCCUACAUUUCUCCCUAAAAGGCUAUUUUUUCACAGCAAUUU